AUGAUGUGGAAUAUUAAUUCAAAGAUAGACACGCUGAUUCAAUCAUAUCAUGAAAUUUUCUAUACAAAUGCUGAUCCAAGAAUCCGUGACAAAUUUUUAAUGGGAAAUCCAGCUUUAAUUACCACAAUUUACAUAGUCUACAUAUUUUUUAUAAAAGUUGUUUUAAAAAAAUUCAUGAAAAAUCGACCGCCAUUCAGAUUGAAAAUUUUUGAGAAUUUUCUCGUUUUUUUACUUUUUGGAUCGUCUUUGUAUUUUUUCAUUAUUAGUUCCAACGUUUGGUUCUUUCAUUAUAAUUGGAAAUGUGAGGCAAUUGAUAGAAGUAAAUCAUCGUUGGCGAUGUGGGCAGUAAACAACAGCUACCUUUAUCUUCUGUCUAAAUUCUUCUACAUUUUCGAAAGUGUCGUUUUAUCGCUGAGAAAAAAUCACUCAUAUUUAGAAACUUAUUUACUGAUUCAUCAUUUUUUUUAUCCCAUUGGCAUUUGGAGUACGAUCAAUUAUUUUCCAGGAGGACAUGCUUUAUUUCUUGGAUUUGUCAAUUCAUUUGCACACACUGUCAUGUUUGGAUAUCAUCUUAUUGCAAAUAAUUUUUGUAUGAAAUUGAAACUGUACAGAUUUAAGGGCGCUGUUAAUGGGCUAAUGUUGAUCAUCCAAUUGAUAUUAUUUUUUCCACAUACUAUACAACUAUUCUUCAAAAAUGACUGCAACUUUCCCAUUGAAUAUCCAAUAUUAGUUUUUGUUGUUAUAUUUACUGCACUUCCAUUUAUUAUCAUAUUUGUAAUACCAAGAGCAUUUAAAUAUCAUAAAAGCAAGUUGAUAACCAGGCAAAAUUUACAAAUACAAAAAACUAAUUUAACGCUGAGUUAUGAUUUAGAAAAAAUUGAGCAAACUUAA